AUGGGCGGCGCAAGUAUCUUGUCUUCAUCCCAAAAGCAGAGGCCAAUGGUCAUUGACAGCAGCAGUUCCAAGCACGGCAUGGACAAGUACAAAUUCCCAUCCGAUCCGGUUGCUCAUAAGGCAUCCACGAUCGCCGGGUCUAAUUAUCGCUUCACUGUCAUCAAGCCUUCAGUUCUCAGGUACGAAUGGUCUCCCGACGGGACCUUUGAAGACCGUGCCUCUACCUUUGCCAUCAAUCGCAAAUUUGACAAGCCCGACUACUCCGUCAAGGAAACGGAAGACCAGCUCGAGAUUGUCACGCCAUCUCUGCAUCUGAGCUAUGACAAGAAACGCUUCUCACCCAACGGCUUUCUUGUCACGUUCAUCAACAAGGCCACUCUUUGGGGGUCGGAAUGGCGCUAUGGCGGGGAACAUGACGGAGGCAACCUGGGCGGCACAGCCCGCACGCUCGACGGCGUCAACGGCCGCUGUGACAUGGGCGAUGGCAUACUCUCCCGCUCCGGUUUUGCCAACCUGGAUGACAGCGAGUCGAUGCUGUUCGACGGCGAAGGAUUCGUCGCACCACGAAAGUCUGGAGAUCGCAUCGACGGCUAUCUCUUUAGCUACGGCCAGGACUACAAGAGUGCCAUGCGCGACUACCACGACAUCUCGGGCAAACAACCCCUUGUUCCGCGCUGGGCGCUCGGCAACUGGUGGAGCCGAUACCACGCUUACAGUGACAAAGAGUAUCUCGAUCUCAUGAACAAGUUCGAGGACCAGAAGAUCCCGCUGUCUACCGCCGUCAUUGACAUGGACUGGCACCUCGUUCACGAAGAGCAAGUUACGCACACUGGCUGGACAGGCUACACGUGGAAUAAAAGCCUAUUCCCUGACCAUGUGGCUUUCUGUAAAGAUCUCCACGAACGCCACCUCAAGAUCACCCUGAACGACCAUCCGCAUGCUGGUGUCCACCACUUUGAGGACCUGUAUGAAAAGGUAGCCAAAGCCAUGGGUUACGACACUUCCGACAAUGCCCCGAUUCUUUUUACACCAACCGACCCCAACUUUAUGCAUGCCUUUUUGAACGUCCUCCACCGGAGCCUCGAAGAGGAUGGCUGCGACUUUUGGUGGAUUGAUUGGCAGCAGGGGCCCUACUCCCGGAUACCUGGCCUUGACCCCUUGUGGCUACUGAAUCACUUCCAGUACCUUGACGACUCCAUUCAACGCAACGGAUCGGGUGCCAUCAUUUUCUCCCGCUACGGUGGUCCAGGCAGCCACAGGUAUCCCGUUGGAUUUUCGGGAGACAGCAUUUCGACCUGGGAGUCCCUUGCCUUUCAGCCUGAAUUCACAGCCACAGCCUCCAAUGUUGGCUACGGCUGGUGGAGCCACGAUAUCGGCGGCCAUGUUGCUGGCUCUCGCGACGAUGAGCUGGCCACACGCUGGACUCAGUAUGGAGUUUUCUCGCCCAUCAUGAGACUCCACUCAUCUAACAGUGAGUGGAUGGGCAAAGAGCCCUGGGGGUAUCGCGAAGAGUAUGCGGCGAUCCUCCGACACUUUAUGCGACUCAGACACCGCCUCGUACCCUACAUAUACACAAUGAACGUCAAUGCCGCAGCGUCUGACGAGCCGUUGGUUCAGCCGCUAUACUGGAGCCACCCCGGUCGGGGAAUUGCAUAUGACCUGCGGAAUCAAUAUACCUUUGGCUCAAACUUGGUCGUUAGACCAGUUACAGGCCGCAGAGAUACACGCACCAACCUUGCUUCAGAGAAGGUCUGGGUACCGCCUGGCCGCCACGUUGACAUUUUCAACGGCUACGUGUACGACGGCGACCGGGAAAUCAACAUGUACAGGCCCCUCCAGUCGUUCCCUGCCCUUGCCCGCGAAGGUGCCAUUAUCCCUCUGGAUAAGGCACUCGAGCCGAAGAACGGCUGCUUCAACCCCGCGGGCUAUGAGGUCCUUGUUGUCGUCGGUCAGGACGGUGAAUUCACCAUUAUCGAGGAUCCCAAGGACGAUAGCGCCGAGUCUAGCAAGUCGACAGAGGCGACGGAGGAGCGCCACAUCAAAAUUGAGUGGGACCAAAAGCUCGGCCAUCUCAAGACAACCUCCAAGGGCAAACAGUGGAAGUUCAACUUUCUCUCUGUGCGAACCAUCUCGCCGACCCUCUCGGUCCUCGUCGACGGUCUGGAGACGCCCGACGUGAUUGUCACGACGCAAACCCACGCCGCAUCCUCGCACACGCCGUACAGCAUGACUGUUGAGUUGCCGAAACUGCCGAACGCGGACUGUACUAUCUUGGUGGACCUCGGCGCUGAUCCGCAGCUGGGCGUGAUUGACCGCAACAAUCAGAUUCAUGCGAUGCUCCAGGAUGCGCAGAUUGACUAUGGAACGAAGGACCGGAUCUGGUCCAUUGUCAGGUCGUCUGAGCCAGCGUCGACGAAGGUUGGGAAGCUUAUGACGUUGAAUCUCGAAGGGAAUGUGCUGGGGCCGGUGCUGGAAAUACUGUUCGCGGAUAGUCGAGAGGCCUGA